CGAGGUUUGAAAUACAAACGAGAGAGCGUGAGAGCCGUAACAGAAGUCGGACGCACAUCCGUCCUCGAUCUUUCUGUGCGGCAGCCGUGGACGGGGUUGCAGCGCGGUCGCGUCACAGUCUUGGGCAUGGGGUCGAGCUACGCCUCGAUCUGGACAUGGAACUGGCCGACGACUUUAACGUUCAGAUUGUGCAUGCUUCCGAGACCGCCUCGACGGUCAUCGGACGAACGUUCGGCUCGUCGAUUAUAAAGGUCGAGGCGUGAUGAGAUGCGAGGGCAGAUCACGCCUGUCUCAAUCCGCUCGAGCGUGAGGGACUGCGAUUGAAGUCGGAUCUCGAGAAAUUUUGCCGGGAUCCACUUCACUUGCGUGAGACUCCAUAGAGAUCCCUGCUUUGAUCUGCUCAGUUUGGGGUCUUGGAACAUGAUGAAGAUGAAUUCUGGUUCACUUUCUGUGUUGUUCGCAGCUAUCAUGCUUCUGGGAUCAUGCUUAUCGGUAUCUGCCUCUUUCUCCGACAAUUUCUCGAUCGUCUGGUCGCAGCAAAAUGUUGUCGUAGAUGAUGCGAGUAGUAAUGUCCAGCUCUCGUUGACACCGGACGCAGGAGCACAGUUCCAAAGCAAACAAUCGUAUUUGUACGGCUCGUUCAGUGUGAAACUCAAACUGGUUCCAGGGGAUUCUGCAGGCACUGUUGCCUCAUACUAUCUUACAUCCUACGGCGACAAUCACGAUGAGAUUGAUUUCGAAUUUUUGGGAAAUGAAACCGGUCAACCUUACGUGAUGCACACCAAUCUCUUCGCCAAUGGUGUGGGUGGUAGGGAACAACGCCUAUUCUUGUGGUUCGACCCUACAGAAGACUUUCAUACUUACUCGGCCGUAUGGAACCAUCACCAGAUCAUAUGGCUGGUGGACAAUACUCCCAUCAGAAUCUACAAGAACAUCGAGGCCACAUAUCCGAAUUCAUACCCGUCCUCCCAGCCAAUGAACAUAGCUGCAAGUAUAUACGAAGCUAGCAGCUGGGCGACUCGAGGUGGAGCAGUCCCAAUCAACUGGAAUUCCGCUCCAUUCAGGGUGAACUUCCAGAACUUUAGCUUUGAGGGUUGUGAGGCGAAUGGAGACAUAUCGUCUUGCACUGAGAACUACACAGGAAACUGGUGGGAAGGAUCACCUUAUCAGGAGUUGACUCAAAGUCAACUGAACCAGCUCAAACAGUUUUAUCAGAGCUACAUGCUGUAUGAUUACUGCACUGAUCAGGCAAGAUAUCCUACACCGCCGACCGAGUGCUCUUAUAAUGGAGUUUGAUUGGGCCCCUAGAUGGUAGGCUGGAUAAAGAGGCAGUGACGAUGGAACGAAGAAGGCAUGAAUGUGGGUGAUCUCCUAAUUUGACUCACUCGGAACAUGUUAUACAGCUUGGUAAUUUCCAUUAUAUACCAUUAUACAGAUUCAUAAGCAAGAACCAUGUUUUGGUGUUGUAGGCCAAGGUUUUCUUUGAAAUAGAAUUUAUUUCCUGGUGUUUUACUGGUGUUAUAGAGCCAGCACUUUCCUUGGCGGGUCUCUCGAAGAAAAACAAUAAAAUAUUCAAGUUUGAUAUUUCG